GUAUGGUUUUGCUCUUUGUGGUGUGGAUGAAGCGCAGAGAAAAGGAGCGGCACACAAAGCAGCUUCUCAUUGAUCCAGAAGACGACGUCCGGGAUAACAUUCUGAAGUACGACGAGGAAGGAGGUGGAGAAGAAGACCAGGAUUAUGAUUUAAGCCAACUUCAGCAACCAGAGAAUAUGGAUCAUGUUUUGAACAAAGCAAAUGGAGUCCGGCGAGUUGAUGAGAGGCCCGUUGGGGCUGAGCCCCAGUAUCCUGUAAGGCCUGUAAUCCCCCAUCCUGGGGAUAUUGGGGACUUCAUUAAUGAGGGCUUGAGAGCAGCAGAUAACGACCCGACAGCCCCUCCGUAUGACUCCCUUCUUGUCUUUGACUAUGAGGGAAGCGGAUCCACGGCAGGCUCGGUCAGUUCCCUUAACUCCUCCAGCUCUGGAGACCAAGAUUACGACUACCUUAAUGACUGGGGACCGAGGUUCAAGAAACUGGCGGACAUGUACGGGGGCGGCGAGGAUGACUAAACUGACCUCACUUUAUUGUUUUGCAUAAAGAGGAAAGCUAUAGCGUUAGAAGAAAAAAGGAAGACAAUGAAGAGAAAGGAAAGAAAAUCCAACAAUGAAGAAGAAAGGAAGGGGGAGAGGAAAAGGCGAAGAAGAAACAAGAACUGUACAGAAGUGGCAGUUUUUUAAAAUUAAUAUCCUCUGCUGACUGUAUUUCUUUUAGUGGUGAUUUAGAAAGUUUCUUUUCCUGUUAUUUUCUUUCUUCCUUUCUUUCCUCUUCCUUUUUUUUUUACAGAACAUCGAGCUGUCUAGCAUGAACACUCGUCUCUGCUGCGUUUGUGUGGGUUUUUUUAUUAUUAUUAUUAUUUUUCCCAGUGUGUCAGCAGGGAUAUCGCUUGUUCUAUCCACUUUAUGACUAAAGGGAGUGAAAGGCACUCUGUCUUAACUUGAAUUUCUUAGAACAGAAGCACUGUUUUUAAAAUAUAUAUAGAUAUAUAUAUUUGAAAGUGCCUUUUGGUACAUGUAUCAGAUUCCCUCAAUCUCAGGAGUGUUCAAAAGAAACAAACAAAAAUUUAUGUUUCCACCGUUUUGGACACCACACUCUAUGACCCUAAGCCAGUUCUAGCUGGGAAGGCAUUAACAGAAAACAGGAACUAUGGAAUGGUUUCCCUUUUGGGCCUUUUUUCUAAUUAAGACAAAACAGAACAAAAUGUGGGAGUUAUUUUAGGGUGGGGGGGGAAUGAAAGAAAUAAGUUGCUUAGUGUGCCACAACAACAACAACAAAAAUCUACACUGCUGUCUUUUGGCCUAAGCAAACAGUGACGUGAGUGCACCUGUUGUAUAUAUAAUUCCAUGUUUAUCUGAUGCAAAAUAUUGACCAGGGUUUUCUCUUGUGACCUGGUCACAUGUGAUGUAGCUGCAUAGAACUAUAGCAUUGAUAUGCCUUUGGUCAGGACAACACAAAGACCUUGCGUAUGCCCUACAGUAAAUGAUGAGAAGACCAAAGGCUACUUGUGUGAGAGUUGUCUGUCUGUCUGUCUUUCUUUCUUUUCUUUUCUCUUUCUUUCUUUUCCUUCCUUCCUUCC